AUGGAUGGGCAAGGAGAUGUGCCGGUCGGGCCGGAUGUACCGGCCCUGUCCCGACACAUUUGCAACUCAACCCGCCUUCUGAUCGACUGUGGAGCUAGCGAUCCACUCGAGCAGCUGUGCGUGGAAAAGAGUGAAAUGAUUAGAAAAUUCGCUACUGAUGUUGGUUGCCGUGCGCUCAUGGUCGAGAAGAAUAUUCGAGGCACGGAUAUUGACGAGGAGGCUGAUAUCACGUGGAGCAUUUCCACUGAUGUUAGAUAUGGAAGCGCCAGAGCAACGGGAGUGAUUUUUAUCAAAACCGGCAACAGCAUCGAAACAGACAAGCCAAUUCCCGGUCAGCUUCAAUCCAUCGUUCUCCGGGAAGACUCCCUCUAUGAAAGUCUCCACUUGUACCUAUCCUGCGCUGUGUCCCCCUUCUUCAAGUCGUAUCUCCGAGAAUCUUCAAAAGUCGCCGAUUCACGCGACUUCUCGGGCGACAAAAUGGGCCCUAGCGUGGAGAAGAAAUUAGUUGAAUUAGAAAUGGGACUGCUUCAUCUUCAACAGAAUGUCGACAUUCCUGAAAUCUUCCUGACUCCGCAUCCUACUAUUUCGCAUAUUAUUAGAACUUGCAAUGAACAAGGACGACGAGCACGAGUUCAAGACCUUGGCGCAAAGGUUGAAGACUCCACCUAUCUGAACGGUCUCCAAAACUUGGUGAACAAGUGGAUCAAGGAAAUCCAAAAAGUAACACGAAUGGAGCGCGACCCCUCUGUCGGAACAGCUCUUCAAGAAGUCUCCUUUUGGUUGAAUCUCGAGCGCGCUCUGCUGCAGAUUCAGGAGAUGAGAGACUCCCCGAAGUCCAGCUAA